AUGCCCGAGCUUCUCUGCCGACCGGAGCCAUUCACCGAGGCCGAAUUGGCCAAGGCUCGUGAGUUGAGGUACGUAAAAGUUUUUAAAAUUUAUAGUGUAAACAAUUUAUGGCAAGGCGGCCGUUGAAUACAGCAUUGCUGAUCACAUUUUUAUUUUUCUCAGCUUAUUGUUUUCACUUUCACGAUGACUUUCCUCGUGUAUGAUGAAAGAAAGUGGAUCCUGGACGGCAGAUAGAGAUCUUUCGCUUAAUAAACUCACAUGUUUCUUCUUUUAGGAACAGACUCCAGGAUGUUUUACCAAAAGAGUUCAACUCGGACUUCUUUAUCGGCCGUUGGUUAAGGGCCUACAAGGGUGAUGAGCAAGGUCUGAUCACCAAAUUACAUGAAUUGUUGGAACAUCGGCGGGCAUUGGGUUACAAUGAAGAGAAUAUCGUCAAAUUCUGCGAUACUUUCCCUCUGGCUAAACAAACUUUUGAGGUAAUUAACAAGAAAAAAUUUAAAUGUAAUGGUGAGAUUACGGUAAAAAUUCGAUGACAUAAAACACGAAAAAUUCAAUUUUUUUCAGAGAUUUGCCAUUUCUCAACUAAAGAUGGACGUAUUCAGUGAAGAUGUUGGUGUGUUCUGUCAGAAAAUGGAGAACGUAGAGAUCAAAGAGGUUGGGUUAAUACUUUAUAAUUUUUUUAAUGGAAGUAUUGCUUUUAGGUGAUGAAAAUUAUGCCAUUGAGUAAUGUUUUGCAUUCUUAUUUCUUACUUCAUGAAUGUUUCCAUCGCGUAAUGCAUCAACGGGAAAGAGAGACGGGUCGACAGCACGCUGUUGUUGUUGUUCUCGACCUUACUGGCAUCAAUUUAACCGACUUUAUCAAUCCUCUAUCAACUUCUAGUAAAUUGGCACGUUUAGUGGUGAAAAUAUGGUCUGAUUACUUUAGCGAAAAUGUAAGAGCCUUUAGAAAAACUUGCAAAGCCUCCUUGGAAUAUUUGUUUAGAUGAUCAGCCUGUUCCUUCUCCACCCUCCAGCCCUCUUAUCCUUGAUGUGGCAGAUCGCCAAACACAUCGUGGAUGACAAGACCAGAUCUCGAAUUGUUUUUAUUCAGAAGUUAGACGAUCUCUUCCUCUAUCUCAGCAAAGACAGCAUUCCCGAGGAUUGGCAAGGGAAUCGAAGAGAUGAAUCUGGCUAUGCGGCCACUCCCAGUUCAUGUUGCAGAUCUCCCAAACCAAUCCUGGACACGGAUGUCUUCAAUGCAGAUAAAUACUGGGCUCAUCAUGGAUUCCAAAAUCCGCCAGUCUCCAAAUCCAUCUCUUUAAAAGCUAAGGCUGCCCACGAAGUGAGCAAAGAGUUGAGGUCUGGCCAACAAAUUAUCUGGUUGUUCACCAUCAGCUGUGAUUGCACUUUCGAGAUUGUUUUCGUGGAUGGAGACAAAGAAGUCACAGUAUGGCCAAAGGUUACGUUAACCUCCUUGCGGACCCCAGAGAUCGGGAAUGUCACCUGUGAUAAGAACGGAACCUACAAAGUGAAGUUCCAGAAUGUUUCGGGUUCUUGGUUGGCCUCCAAAUUGCAUUACAUUGUGCAGACCAAGUAA